UUUAUGCAUCUUAACUUAUUUGACUACUGUCAGUUCUUAAGUUUUUGGUGAUUCUGAGGCACUGUCAGACCCAGAAGUGAUCUGGUGAGGGUGCCAUGUCCCUUCCCCCUUAACCUUGAGCUGAAAAUAUUCUUCACCAAGUACAAAUGGUCCCUUGUGGUCACCUAACUUUCCACAAGAGUUUAGGUUUCCAUGGUGAUGCAUCAGGUUGCUGAAGCAGAGACACAGGUGAUAGAGAAGCGGCUUUUAAUUGGCGAAUAAUUGGCUAGAAGCUUUAUGUCUCGAAAACUGGCCAUUCUCUUUUGAACGUCUUUAUAAAUGUCCAAUUGGGAUGAAGCAGGGACCUGUGGCAUCCCAAGGGCCAGUCAGGAAGUUCAUAAUUCUCAAGGAGACCAAGAAACCCCAAAUAGUAGGAAACCAAAAGAACUGGGAGAGGCAGUAGGAUCUUGUGAUGGCUGCUUCGGAGACUGCGUCUGAUGGCUUCCUCAGGGACCGCACUUCCGUUCAGUCUUAAACUUCACCCUCCCUUGCUCCCUUGGAGGCCAAGUGAGAGGAGUCCAUUUUGCCCAGCCCCCUGGCCUCAUGCAGCCGUUCAACGUCCCUAUUCAGAUCACACUUCAGGGCAGCCGGAGGCGCCAGGGAAGGUCAGCCUUCUCUUCUUCUGAUGGGAGGAAAAACAAAGACUAUGGUGAUGGAAAAUCAAUCCAAGAUGUGCCAAAAAAGCUCCCCUCCACUGCAGGAGAAGAUCGAGCGAUUCUCUUGGGCUUUGCAAUGAUGGGUUUCUCUGUCCUUAUGUUUUUUCUGCUCGGAGUCACCAUUCUAAAACCUUUCAUGCUCAGCACACAGCGAGAAGAGGCAAACUGCACCAUUAUGGACACACAUGUGAAGGACGACUGGCUGGAUUGUUCGUUCACCUGUGGGGUUGACUGUCGGGGCCAGGGAAAGUACCCUUGUCUUCAGGUGUCUGUAAACCUCUCCCAUUCGGGCCAGAAAGCUUUCCUGCACUAUAAUGAAGAAGCUGUUCAGAUAAACCCAGAGUGCUUUUACACACCAAAGUGCCAUCGAGACAGGAACGAUCUACUCAACAGCGCUCUGGACAUCAAGGAGUUCUUCGAUCACAAAAACGGGACCCCUUUCUCUUGCUUCUACAGCCCAGACAGCAAACCAGAGGAUGUGGUCCUGAUAAAAAAGUAUGAUCAAAUGGUUAUCUUCCACUGCUUGUUUUGGCCAUCAUUGACUCUGUUGGGCGGCAUAUUGAUUGUGGGGAUGGUAAAAUUAACCCAACACUUGUCGGUGUUGUGUGAAGAAUACAACCAUGUGGGGAGGGAGGAUGUUGGCAACAUAGCUUUCCAGAGAGAACUGCAACAAUAUAAACUCUGGAGGAAGGGGAGAGAGAAAGAAAUAAGUCAAAGGUUUUUAAGAUGGCAGCCCAGUUAAAAAAAAGUCUACUAUUCCUUUUACAUUAUUUAUUUAGUCACUGAUUGUCUGCUUGCAAACUAACUCUGCAGAAGGUAAUUCUGACAUUGUUACAUGGUAUUUCUCAUGUGAAAAACAAAAAGGACCAUGCUAUUUUGUUAAAUUUCUUUUAAAUGCUAAAUUUUUUAACAAUAAAAAAUACACCAGUUCUUUUC